GUAACCAUGGCGGAGCCGGACGCUGAGAGCGUGCGGACCGAGUCUCAGGGCGGAGAGGAGCCUUAUGUGACCGAGCUGAGCAGGGAUCAGCUGCUGGAGGUGACCCGGCUUGUCAGCGAUGCCUUGUCUACACUCAAAGCUGAGACAGAGAUGUUUGAGAAGUUCUGCAAGCGGCUGGACCCCAAGGACCUGGCACCGGUGGCAGUCUCUGAGGUCGGAGUAUCCACCUUAGAUUUUAACCAGAUGCGAAGCCGGCGCAGGUCAAAGUCUCGUAGUACGAUCUCAGAGCGCUUGUUGAGUCUGAGCGUUGAUCAGAAACUUGAGCUGGUGCUGCGGGAACUGGAAGAUUCCAAAGAGGAGGCACUAAGGGACGCCGAGAAUGCAGAUCGGAUCCUUCAGGGUUUCAAGGCCACGAUGGAGGAAGCUGAGAUCCGCAGCAUAGAAAUUAGGAAAGCUGUGUAUGAGUUUGAACGAGACAUCGGGAAGGCGGCUGUAAGCAGCAAAAAAGGUAGAGGAGUUACCCCGGAAAAGGUUCUCCGCUACAUGGAGGAGAAGACGAGAGCAAGGGACAGCUUGGUAGACAAAUUACGACUGAAGAAUGCUGCAUUGAAGAUCCAGAAGAAGAAGCUGCAGAUGCAACUGAAGCAGAAGGAGGAGAUGGGUGAGGUUCUGAAUGAGGUGGAUUUCCAGCAGCUGAAGAUAGAAAAUGCCCAAUUUCUGGAGAGAAUCGAUGAGCGAAAUCAGGACCUUCUCCAGCUGAAGCUGACUGCAGGAGAGACAUUACAGGUUCUCAACUCCUACAAAGUGAGUGAGUGCUCAGAGGAGAUCCUGGGAAGUCAUGUGAUGAGAUGGGUCUCUGGGGGUCUCGUUUUCCUGCCAAUAUGUAAUGAUACAGAAAUAAGCCAGUCAUACAUGGCACUUGUGAGGUCUGUUCAUCUCCAUACCAGCUUUUCCUUUUAUUUACAGAAGAAGCUUCAGCACACCACAGCAGAGUCCACUUAUCUAAGAAAAGAGAUCUCAACCAGGAACGACAUGCUGCAACGGAUCGAGCAGGAAACCCAGCAAGUGGAGCAGGUACAUUGCAGAAGAGUUUGA